CAUAAAUUGAUUAUACACUAGCCGAUGAUUAUUAUUAUUAUUAUUUUUCGCCUCGUUCCCUAAUCAGAGUAUUUUGAAGACAUCCUAAGCGUUGUUCUUGGUUUCGUGCGGGGCGCUGCGCCAUGUAAGUAUUUGAGGCCGUCGGGAGAAGUAUAUCCACCAAACAACUACAUGGAUCAUAAUGAAGCCCAACAUUUUUUUGGAGCCAUGAUCAAAUACCCACUGGCCACAUAUCAUUCGGGUUAGAAUUAGCCCGCAGAAUCCUUUCAUUCAUCAUGUCCAGAAUGCGAGUAACAAAAGCGCCUUUUCCCCACAAGAACCCAGCUUAUAUCAAAAUAUCUACUCACUAUGCGAUUUCCAAGUAUUUUCGUAUUCUACUGCGCCACUUACGCUGCAACAUCUCAGGCCUGCAAGACCGACGAAGAUUGUAGUCUCAACGGUCUCUGCCGACCCGGCUCACCCUGGCUAGGGCCACCCCACCCCAAGAAAACUUGCGAAUGCGAUCCCGGAUGGUUCGGUGACGACUGCGGACGCCUCGAUCUUCAUCCUGCAAUCAAGAACAACGGCUACAACCACUCCAUCGAUGCAACCGCCUCCAACCGUCUCGGCCCACACGGCAACUCCUCCUGGGGCGGAACAAUCCUGCAAGACCCGCAUAACCCAAAGCUUUUCCACCUCAUUGCUUCCCAAUUCGCGGACGGGUGCGGGUUGGGUGGAUGGAGACCGUUCUCAUUUAUUGUGCGCGCAGAAUCAAGAAGCGGACCGCAGGGACCUUACCAUUAUGCCGAUACCAUCAGCAAACCCUUCCGACAUAACCCCGAGGUGGUAUGGAGCCCCGCAGAUGAGAAAUACCUGCUGUACGCCAUUGGUGUAGACGACAAUGAGGCACCAGAGCGCGAGAAAUGCUCUAGUCUCUCGAAUAAGCAAUGGCCAAAUAACAUCUCUGUCUCCACGGCGCAGAAUAUCCGGGGCCCAUGGUCGCCCUUUGAAUUGGUUCUAGCUUCGGUAGAACCGCAUUCCACGAAUCCUUCACCCUACCCAUUGUGGACGUCGGAAAACCGCACAGGCGAGAUUGUGCUGGCCGUGGAAGACCUCGCCAUCCUUCAUGCAGACAGGUACAAUGGUGAGUAUGAGGUUGUGCAUACGCAAAGCUGGAACACGAGUGAAUGGAGCCCGACCUGGACUGAGGAUAGCUUCUUGUGGCGCGACAAGCGCGGCAAUUGGCAUGCGCUUGCACAUUGGAUGAUUGAUCUCGUUGAGCAUGAUGGGCAGAAGUGGCCGAGGGUUGGAGCACAUGUCUUUGCGAGGGAAUUGGCGGGACCGUGGCGCUGGCAUAUGCACGAGGCGUUUAACUCCACGAUAACGUACACUGAUGGGACGGCCCAGACACUAAGGAGGAGGGAAAGGGCGAAAAUAUUCUUUAGCGAUGAUGGGGAGAUGACACCCUUGUACUUGGUCAAUGGGGUGCAGGAGAUGGGCGAGAGUUCGAGGAGCUCAACGUUUAUCCAGCCAAUCGGGGAGAAGUGGAGGGAAUUUGAGAGACAGCUGGGGUUUUAAUCGGUAUAUUAGCCGGGAUAACGCAGGUAAAUUAACCUCAGACAAGAAGAGGCUGUGGUUACCCGGUUACAGAGACCCAAUGCCUAGCAAGUUAUACAGUGUUUUGUAUACAAAG